UGCUGAUCGCUGCCUACCCGCUUCAUCGGUGCGAGAUCCAUCGAUCGCAUUGGCAUCAGCGAGUUCGGCAUCCGCGCGCUCCAAGAAGAACACCAGCAGCGGCAGCGACAUGGCAGCGCCGCUGCUCCGGCAAUGGCGCCGCCUCGCCGUGCUCAGCGCCCUCCUCGCGGUCUACCUCGGCGCCGCCGUCGCGCAGUCCCCGCCGACUGUACCGACGGCCCCGACAACGCCCGCUCCCACUGCCACCCCUGUUGUGCCAUCAAAUCCACCGCCGACCCCGGCAACACCCGCUCCCACUACCACCCCCGCUGCGCCAUCAAAGCCACCGCCGACCCAGGCAACGCCCGCUCCCACUACCACCCCUGCUGCGCCAUCAAAGCCACCGCCGACCCCGGCAACGCCAGCUCCCACUGCCACCCCUGUUGCGCCAUCAAAGCCACCGCCGGCCCCGGCAACGCCCGCUCCCACUGCCACCCCUGUCGCGCCAUCAAAGCCGCCGCCGGCCGCGCCUCCUGUCGCGCCAGCCAAGCCCCCGCCAGUGACGCCGCCACCGGUGAAGCCUCCCCCCGCGACGCCUCCACCUGCCACCCCGCCGCCAGCCCUUCCGCCCGCGACGCUGCCCCCAGUGGCUACCCCGGCCGAAGCGCCCGCAGUGCUGCCUCCAGCGACUCCCCCGCCGGUGGCUGAGACGCCCGCGGUGCUGCCUCCGGCGGAGGCGCCGUCCAAGGGCAAGAACAAGCACAAGAGGAGGAGGAAGCAACACGGCAAGAAGGAAGCGCCCGCGGAAGCGCCGCAACCGCUGAGCCCACCGGCGCCGGCCGCGCCGACGCCGACCGAGGAGGACGUGUCCGGCCCUGCACCGUCCGCGUUAGAUCUGAACGCGAGCAGCCGGCAAUUCCAGCAUUGGGGUGUCGUCGUCCUGCAGACCGUCAUGGCAUCGCUUUUGCUAUCGCUAGCGUGGUAAAUCCCACAGAGAGAUCCAUAUAUCCAUGUACCAGCUCAUGAUUUAAUUAUUUCCGCUGUUGUUGUUCUUGUUGUAUCAUGAUAGACUGGUGAGAUUAUCUGCGGGAUUUGUUAUAGGAACCAUUGGUUUGUGGCUUGUGAUAA